AGAGACCAACCGGGCGGAAGGCACUGUUUUCCGCGUUCUAGGGCAGGGAAGCGGGGCCUGGCCUACCGCAGAAGAUACGCGGGGCGGGACCCCAAGUGCGGAGUGUGCCCAGCAGCGCAGCACGUGGCUGGCGUGGCAGGGGGCUAGAAAAAAGCUAGGGGAAGUCCAUGGACAAGUCCUGCUGCCUGAGCUGGAGCUAGGACCACCUUCCAGGGACUGCCCAGGACGCCUGUUCUCGGCUCUUCUGCUGGCAAGUCCGAGCAACCGAGUCUGAAGAGGCCUGUGGGGAAGCAGGGCGAGACAAGGCCUCACACUGCUGCCCCAAGAGAGCCUCAGAAGAAGACAGCUGUCAGCCAGGCAAAACCAAGACCGCCGUCACCAUGACAACCAAUCAGCAGCCUCAGGACAGGUACAAAGCCGUCUGGAUUAUCUUCUUCAUGCUGGGUCUGGGGACCCUGCUCCCCUGGAAUUUUUUCAUGACAGCCACUCAGUAUUUCACAAACCGCCUGGACCAGUCCCAGAAUGUGUCCUCGGUCGCUGCCGAACUGGACAGGGGCGUCCAGGCAUCGGCCGCCCCCACAGCACCCUCUCUGAAGAGGAGCUCCCUGAGUGUCAUCUUCAACAAUGUCAUGACCUUGUGUGCCAUGCUUCCCCUGCUGCUCUUUGCCUGCCUCAACUCCUUCUUGCAUCAGAGGGUCCCCCAGGCUGUCCGGAUCCUGGGCAGCCUGCUGGCCAUCCUGCUGGUGUUCCUGAUCACCGCUGUCCUGGUGAAGGUGCCCAUGGAUGCCCUGCCCUUCUUCGUCAUCACCAUGAUCAAGAUCGUGUUCAUUAACUCAUUUGGUGCCAUCCUGCAGGGCAGCCUGUUUGGUCUGGCUGGCCUCCUGCCUGCCAGCUACACGGCCCCCAUCAUGAGCGGCCAGGGCCUGGCAGGCAUCUUUGCCUCAGUGGCCAUGAUCUGCGCCAUUGCCAGUGGCUCAGAGCUGGCAGAAAGUGCCUUCGGCUAUUUUAUCACAGCCUGUGGGGUCGUCGUUUUGACCAUCAUUUGUUACCUGGGACUGCCCCGGCUGGAAUUCUACCGCUACUACCAGCAACUGAAGCUUGAAGGGUCUGGGGAGCAGGAGACCAAGUUGGACCUCAUUAGUAAAGGAGAGGAGCCAAGAGCAGGCAAAGAGGAGUCUGGAGUUUCAGCCCCCAGCUCUCAGCCCACCAAUAAAAGCCACUCAAUCCGAGCCAUCCUCAAAAAUAUCUUGGUCCCGGCUCUCUCUGUCUGCUUCAUCUUCACCAUCACCAUCGGGGUGUUUCCUGCCGUUACUGCUGAGGUCAGGUCCAGCAUCGCAGGCAGCAGCGCCUGGGAAAAAUACUUCAUCCCUGUGUCCUGUUUCCUGACUUUCAAUGUCUUUGACUGGCUGGGCCGAAGCCUCACAGCCAUAUCCAUGUGGCCUGGGAAGGACAGCCGCUGGCUGCCAAGCCUGGUGCUGGCCCGGCUGGUGUUCGUGCCCCUGCUGCUGCUGUGCAACGUCCAUCCGCGCCGACUCCUGCCUGUGCUCUUUGAGCACGACGCCUGGUUCAUCGUCUUCAUGGCUGCCUUCGCCUUCUCCAAUGGCUACCUCGCCAGUCUCUGCAUGUGCUUCGGGCCCAAGAAAGUGAAGCCGGCUGAGGCGGAGACAGCAGGAGCCAUCAUGGCCUUCUUUCUGUGUCUGGGCCUGGCGCUGGGGGCCGUCGUCUCCUUCCUGUUCCGGGCAAUUGUGUGACCACGGAUGGACAGAGGACUGCACCGGCCACCUGCUCGUGCCCCUUCUUUACCCUUCAGGGAUGGGCAAGGGUUGGCUGGAGGUCUUCUCUUCUGGCUGAAUUCUGCUUUCUCCAGGCCUGUGCUGGGCCUGGUGUCCAGGCCCCAGGGAGGGACCCUCUGGGUGGAUGGACAGUUGGACAUGGGAGACAUUGGGGUCCACAGGUCAGAGUCAGGGAAGGGGACACGCAUAUGCUCGGAUCCCCCCACACUUGGCUCUGACUGAUCCCUACUUGAGUGGAUGGCAGAGGCUCCCAGGUUCGGAGAGGGUGUGUCUGUAGGUUCAUGUGCCUGUACCAGGGGGGGCGAGGGGCCAGGACCGUCUGUGCUAAGGUCCAGUCCGCUGUGUGCACCCCUCCCUGUGCUUCCUCCCCCAGGCUCUGUCCCUCUGUGCUUCCCCUGCCUUGUAUCUACCUGUCAUGCACCCUGUACAGUUGCCACACUUUACUGCCUUUUUUUAUACUCAACAGAAAUCAGGUGCCUUCAGAGGCUCUCUGACUAAAUAAACCAUUGUAUUUUC